AUGAUACAGAGGAAAUUUGCUGAAAUAGAGGCAGCGAACCAUCAGCUGGCGUCUGCUUUAUUUUCAACGGAUAAACCCUCAAAUGAUCUGAGACCCAGAAUAUCUCACAUUGUAACAGAAGUCGCAGACCAGUCACCCAAACGUUCAAAAAAAGCUGUUGAAACUUGUAUUAAUGCUGACAAAACCGGAGCGCUUCCUGAACAACAAGAGGAUGUGUGUGACCUCUGGACACUCGAUAGUCUUUUGGAGACCCAUGUGGCUGAUAAAAGUUUCUCACAGUGCAAGUUCUCCAGUCGUAAAGAAGCAAAUCCCAGACCUGAGAAAGUAUUGAAAAACAACCCUGGAAGCUCAUUGGAGAAGGACUCCGGCUUCAGCUCGGAAACACAACCAGCAUCUACCGAUUUAGAAAGCUUGACACAAAUGCCCAACAGUCUUCUAGAGGACAGCACGUCCUCCUGGUUUGGAUCCACCGAAAGAACAUAUCUGAAACCACGUCUCACCAAAAAUAUGAAGUUGCUCCCCACAGAGGUUGAUGUUCCAGACCUGUGCCCCCUUUCUCCGGUGAUUUCACUAUUGUCUUUGGAUUCAUGCGAUUUGGAGGCUCAGAUGCUCAUAGAUGCUGAGCACCGUGUCCAAACACAAGAUGGCACCAUCGUAGAGAGUCUCCAGAUGGAUAUGGUGGAUGACCUACUGGAUUGUUCUGGUAAUCAUGGAGAUCUGCUUCCCCAUUAUGAAGAUCCUAAAUGUAAAAUGGCGGAUUGGAUGGAUCAGAGUGAAGAAGACGGACGAUGUUUACUGGAAACAUGUGUGUUUCCAAGCUCUCUGGAUUCAGGUUAUGGUCUUGGGACCAGCAACUCCAUGUCCAAUUUGGGCCAAACCAGUCAUGAAUUUUUUGCUAAUGUUCUCUGCAGUCAAGAGCCACAUAGACUUGAUCACGAUCAAGUAAACUAUACCUUGAACCACAAUAACAUUCUAGAAGACCAUUUGGAUCAGGUUGAACCUUGGAUGAAGAUAAAUGGAAAAGAGGAUGGUUGCUCAAACACAGAUUUUUAUGCCAUGGAUGGUAAUAUUUCAAGCCAGCUCAUCUUCCCAGGAUUUAAGAGUCAGUUGGACCAAUCCAAAAAGUUUCUUUAUGACAUUUGGGAACAACCACCUCUAGAAAGCCCAUGUAAGGCCUAUACAAGUCCAGUGACAGAUCAGAUUAUGAUGCAAGACGCUGAUAUCAGAAAUGUUGACAAAAAUAUCGUACAGGUACAGAAUUUACCAGGCCCCCAAUGCCCGAUAAUGUGCUGCCUCGAAGGCUUUUGUUAUCAUGAAGAAGAGUCGUGUUUUUUCAGAGGCAGUCAGAGUAGCUACAACUUUGAAGGCGUGGCUAGAUCGUUCCCUGCGACAUUACACAAGCUCCACCCCACUCCAAUUCCAACCCCGCCUCUAGAUGAGGAUUGGUUGUUCAGUAACAUUGUGCCAGAGGAAGAGGUCAAUAGCAUGAGUAAUACAUUUGGAAAGUAUUGAUCAGUCACUGGACAGUAAUGGCAUGAACUGUAUCCAUGAAUUUUAUUGUAUCUGGGGUUGUUUGAUUAUUACAGUUUUGAGAUUUCAUGAUCAUUUCUGUGAAACGUUCUUGUCUGUGAAGUGAAAAAUUUAAUAUUUUCUAUAAUAAAACUGUAUGAGUAUUAUAACAUCAUAAAACAAAAAAAUCUGUUAUAUAUAUGAAUUAAUUAUUUUUAUUUUGUA